GACAAGGGCUGCUUUCCUACUUUGUGGAAUGUUUUUUAGAACUUCCAGAAAGCCUCAGUAAAUCCGGACUGCCAUGCCAGCUGAUGCUGUGCUGCUGAGCUCUUAACGUGAAACAGCAGUAGCGACCCUGGCAAGCCAGGGCUGACGUGUGGGAACAGUGGGAGUAACCCUGGCUGGGAGCGGGGGAGGCCUGGAAAUUGUUUCUCUGUCUCAGAGUCCUGCCACUCUCGGCCCUGGGCUCAGAGCUCUCCAGCACCCACGAUGGCCCUCCCAGGCAGAGUGCGCCCCUGUGUCAUCCCGGAGCAUGAAGAAAUCCCCCGAACAGCCCUUAACAGUAUCCAUGAGGCUGAUGGGAGCGAAGAUGAGAGGGCUGUGUCCAAACUGCAGCGCAGACACAGUGAUGUAAAGGUCUACAAGGAGUUUUGUGACUUUUAUGCAAAAUUCAACAUGGCCAAUGCCCUGGCCAGCGCCACUUGUGAACGCUGCAAAGGAGGCUUUGCGCCCGCGGAGAAGAUCGUGAACAGUAACGGAGAGCUGUACCACGAGCAGUGCUUCGUGUGCGCGCAGUGCUUCCAGCAGUUCCCGGACGGACUCUUCUAUGAGUUUGAAGGAAGAAAAUACUGUGAACAUGACUUUCAGAUGCUCUUUGCUCCUUGUUGUCAUCAGUGUGGUGAAUUCAUCAUUGGCCGAGUUAUCAAAGCAAUGAAUAACAGUUGGCAUCCUGAGUGCUUCCGCUGUGACCUCUGCCAGGAAGUUCUGGCUGAUAUUGGGUUUGUCAAGAAUGCUGGGAGACACCUGUGUCGCCCUUGUCAUAAUCGUGAGAAAGCCAGAGGCCUUGGGAAGUACAUUUGCCAGAAGUGCCAUGCCAUCAUUGAUGAGCAACCUCUGAUAUUCAAGAACGACCCUUACCAUCCAGACCAUUUCAACUGUGCCAACUGCGGGAAGGAGCUGACGGCUGAUGCCCGGGAGCUGAAAGGGGAGCUGUACUGCCUGCCAUGCCAUGAUAAAAUGGGGGUCCCCAUCUGUGGUGCUUGCCGUCGGCCCAUUGAGGGGCGUGUGGUCAAUGCCAUGGGCAAGCAGUGGCAUGUGGAGCAUUUUGUUUGUGCCAAGUGUGAAAAACCAUUUCUUGGACAUCGCCAUUAUGAGAGGAAAGGCCUGGCAUAUUGUGAAACCCACUAUAAUCAGCUAUUCGGUGAUGUUUGUUUUCACUGCAACCGUGUAAUAGAAGGUGAUGUGGUCUCUGCUCUUAACAAGGCCUGGUGUGUGAACUGCUUCGCCUGUUCUACCUGCAACACUAAGUUAACACUCAAGAAUAAAUUUGUGGAGUUUGACAUGAAGCCAGUUUGUAAGAAGUGCUAUGAGAAAUUUCCACUGGAGCUGAAGAAAAGACUUAAGAAACUAGCUGAGACCUUAGGAAGGAAAUAACUUCCUUGAUUUUUUUCUUCUUCGUAAAGACAAGAAGUUUGAUUUGAUCCACCUUUAUUUAUAAAAGCUGUAUCUCAAAGCAGUGACAGCUAAGAGGACAUAUAAAUCUUUCAUCUCCUUUUUUUCAUUAAAAAGGAAAAAAUAACUUGUGUAUUUCAAACA